GGAAAUGGCUCGUCAAACCCGCAAUGGUAAUCAACAGCAACCACCUCCCCCUACUCCUCCUCCUCAUCAACAUGCUCUGGGUAGAGAUCCCAUUACCCAAGCCGUGAUCGAUUUCCGUAACAUGCAUCCUCCGACGUUUACCAGAGUUGAAGGCCCCGAAGCUGUGGCUGAAUGGCUUCUGCAACUUGACAGUAUUUUUGAUCUGUUGUUCACCACUGAUGAGGUGAAAAUCCGUUGUGCCUCGUUCGUAAUGACCGGAGAUGCUAGGACUUGGUGGAAUGACUAUUGGAGACUUCAUCCUCGUGCUGAGAGGGAUGCCUUGACUUGGGACCAGAUGGUUACGAUAGUUAAGGACAAGUAUUAUCCCGAGGCUCACCGUGCCCAGAUGAUGAAGGACUUCUGGGAGCUUAAGCAGGGACCCCGUUCCGUGGAU